AUGUCAGAGGAUACUAGGUCGUCGAGCGCACCUAGACCUCGCCGUGUCCUCGUUCUAUCAAAUCCAGAUCCAGGCGAUUCUAGUAGUAGUGAGGAUGAACGUCCUCGUCACCCUCGCCAUCAUCCCCAGGCUUCUAACUCUUCCUUGAAUCAACAUUCAACAUCAGUAAUUCCAACUCCACCACUGCGUCCUCCAAGACCCCCCGCUCCUCCCUUGACAACCGAUCUACCACAGCAUUAUCCUCCAUCCCGUUCAAAUCCCAAUCUAUCCUCUCCUUCGAGUCAGAGCUCAAAUGCAGUCGAAUCAACUCCUCCACCAAGCACUCCCGGUCAAACAGCACACUCAGAUUUGAGUAAUUCAGUCAUUGCUAUUGACGAUGGUACAACGCUCGUUGAACGUACCGAGUCCGCUCAACCCCCUACUCGUCUCCAGAAGAUCGCCGAUGUUCUCCACUUUCGCCAUCGCAGACCCUCACAUCGACAUCUUGGAUCUGAGGUUUCUCUCCAUUCUCCAUCCCCUUCUUCAUCGUCGACUGUACCACAUCUGCUUCCGUGGGUUAUUAUGGUAACCUAUGACUGUCAUGCCUAUACAGCUGUCGAUAUCACAAAUGCAAAUAGCGCAGCUUUCAUCUGGGAACGCAUUUUUGCUGAUCUCAAAGUACCGCAUGAAGAUCAAUGUGGACAGCUCUCCAUUUAUCGCACCCAAAUCGGCAAAGUCGCGAUCGGUGAACCACUAUCAGACGAUAACCUAAUUCGGCUGGUUCGUGAUCGAGGUGACAGUGAGGGGAGCUUGAAGUUCUUGGUUUGUCCUUCUCAAGCAAGGGUUCAGGACCCUUCGCUCCUAAACUCGCCAGUCAAAUCCGUGCCCCCGCCCCCCGUGCCAGUAUUCAGCCCCUUGGUUCCAAGGCCACGGCCAUCCAAGUCUUCUCGCCCGGAGAGUGUAUCUUCUGAAGAUCUAACGCCGGAUGCAGGCUAUGAGCCAUCUGUGAUAUCUGAUGACAUCGAUGAUUCAGAUAACAGGAGUACGAUGAGGCCACCUCCUCACUCCAAUUCAUCUGCCACCAUGUUAUCGUCACCACCACAAAGUGCACGAUAUGAAGACCGUCAACCUUCUCCCGCGUCCGCAAAAACACCGCAUUCAGCAGGCGUCGAUCGCCAUCGUUACGAUUCGUCUCAUGGACAGAGUCUUCCCUCUUCUCAAUCUACUCCUAUUCAUGAGAAUUUCCUCAAUAAACACCACCUGCGGAGAGGUUCAGAUGCAGAGACAGUUGAUCAAGCUUUUCGCGACGUUGAACGUCCAGCGGGGCUAGCUGGGGAAUGGACAAAACCACAGGAUAAUGGCAUCCAUCGGGCGCGAGCUAUGAUACUGCGACCCGAAAGAUUGACAACUUCCGACGAUCAUGCAGGACUCGCAGCCACCCGUGACAGCGAGGCGGGAUCUGUGGUGAGAAAGCCUUCUCCACCUUCGUCGUCGGGAAUGACGCGUUCGCCCAAGAGGAGACCAUCACACGUUGAGUAUUCCCGCCCAUCUCAGAACAAGCAGAAGGGGGGAGGAGGCAAGCCUGUUCCAUCACACUAUAUAUCUACACAUAAACCAGCCGAUUCUCCGACUCCCACAAGGUCGCUCAAUAAAGCGAAGAGCACAGAGGUUCUCAAGGGCUCGAAGCCCCCUCUGCCACACAUACUUCGCCCUUCACCGAGCCGGCCCCAUCUUCCUACUCCGUCCGGUUCGGGCACCAAUUCCUAUCCAAGACCCCUAGAUUUAGGACCCAGACCCAGGCCAUCUCAAAGCAGGCCCGAUAUUGUCAAUGUGGACACCACCACAUAUACUCGCGCUCAACAACCAUCAGCGAGCGGCACUCUUGGCUAUCUGUCACCCACUCAGGAACCAUGUCCGCGCCCACAUUCUGCCUCGCCCUCCCAGCAGCGUUACCCUACCAAUGACGCACAUCGCGACCGUGAUGAUUUUAGGCCCACUCACCAAACUCAGUCCAGCAGCGGCUCUUCAAGGUUUGGUGAAGUUCCCCUGAGAGAGGAUAAUUAUGGGGGAAUCACCCUUCCGUCAUCCCUAAGACCUGGUCCUUAUGCUGGUUCUCCAGCUCGCACCAACCCUCCAUCUGAAACUCCUCCCCGCAGCCCCGUUACUUCUCGGCCGAGUACGUCGAAUAAUACAUGCGGACUUACCUUUACUUCCACCGGGACGAUCGUACCUUCGACUUUCAAGACUGAUUCUGGUGCCAGCAGUCAGGAGAGCACAGCCACAGAGUCCACUUUACGUCCGGAUGAAAAGGACAAGCCGGUCUGGGAUAUCAGACUCAGACCCUUCAUAACGUCGGAUUCCUCGGACGAUGGAGUUGGCACUAAUGAAACUUACGGGACCGCGUCUUCUGAUCUGUGGUCGCGCAAACCCACGUCAGAGAACAAUGACACUUCUAGGACUCCCGUGUCUGGUACCAACCAGAAUCCCAGUCCUCCACGUCCCGCUCUUCACGUUACAACUCCAAGCUCUGGGCCUGGUGGUAUGACGCGCGGUGUCCCAGCCAAUUUCCCAGCACCACCUAAUUUCAUGCCUCAGCUACGCCUUCCUCGACCACGUACGCCGAAGACUAGGCACAAAAGCAGCACGUUUGAGGAAUCUACUUGGGCGCAUCGUCCUCCUCCAGAGGAUGUCUACGAUCGGCUCGAGGAGUUCUUCCCGGAGCAUGAUCUCGACAAACCCGUCAUUGAAGCUAAUUCUGGCGGGACAUCGCCCACUGCCAUAGACCAUACCUACGGGAUUCCAAACAUCGUUGAUAGAGACAAGGCGCUGGUACGACCGAAGAAGUCCAUCCGUAUCGUUGCGGAAGAACACAAGAAGCGGAUAGAUCGCUUUUCUAGGGGUGAUCUAUCAGCCGACAACAGUAUCUGGCGGAAGAGGAGCACGAAGUUAUGGGGAAGUCGCAUUGAGGAAGUCGAUACCUCGUCACAGACGAAGGCGAACUACAACAAGACGCUCCCUGACUCUCCGGCGGGUGGUCCCAGACCGAUAUUCAAAUGGGUCCGUGGUGAACUCAUUGGCAAAGGAACGUAUGGUCGCGUAUAUCUUGCCCUCAAUGCCACCACGGGCGAGAUGAUUGCUGUCAAGCAAGUUGAAAUCCCCAUAACCGCCAGUGACAGAAAAGACAACCGUCAGAUGAGCUUCGUACAGGCCCUCAAAAUGGAGAGCGAGACAUUGAAGGAUCUCGAUCAUCCUCACAUCGUGCAAUACCUUGGAUUCGAGGAGACACCGACGUUCUUGAGCAUUUUCUUAGAAUACGUACCCGGAGGCUCGGUCGGAAGCUGUCUGCGAGACCAUGGCAAAUUCGACGAGGAAGUUACGAAAUCGUUCACUGGACAGAUUCUCGAGGGUCUGGAAUAUCUCCAUUCCAAGAAUAUCAUACACCGAGAUUUGAAGGCAGACAAUAUCUUGGUGGAGAAAACGGGAAUUUGCAAGAUCUCUGACUUUGGUAUUUCAAAACGCACAGAUGAUAUCAAUGGCAUGGCUUCUACGGCGAUGCAGGGCACAGUUUUCUGGAUGGCACCGGAGGUCAUACAUCCGCAGAAAAAAGGCUAUAACUCCAAAAUUGACAUAUGGAGUGUGGGCUGCGUCGUCCUCGAGAUGUGGGCAGGGAAGCGGCCAUGGAGUGAUGAUGAAGCUAUAACAGUCAUGUUCAAGGUAUACCAAAAUAAGCAACCCCCGCCCAUACCUUCCGACGUGGUGCUAUCCGAUCUUGCAAAAGACUUCAAGGAUAGAUGUUUCGCAAUGCAAGUGUUUGAUCCGGAGGACCGCUCGAGCGCUGCGGACCUUCAACUACACCCAUACCUGGAACUUCCGGAGGGCUGGGUAUUCAACGAUUUUAAGUAG